AUGGGGUGACUAAUCUUCAAGUUGAUAUUGUUGAGGGGUUAAAAGCCAUGCUUGAUGAGCACAAUGAGCUUGUGAAGUCCUUUCGAAUGGCCAGGGAUAGACUUCAACAAUCUGGUUCUGUAGAUGUCAGAGUUCGUCUAAUUGGAAGAAGAUAUAAUGAUGCUAGACGAUAUAACCUUCCUACAAGUUCAGAAGUAGCUGCAUUGGUAGUAGGUGAUUUCGAUCAAGCUUUGGGUGAUAGGGACAUACUGGUAGAAACAAAAAGUGGUCUUCUACAAAGGAUAAACGAGCUUAAUGCGUCUUAUUUGGCAUUGCAAUAUCCCCUUUUACUUCCAUAUGGAGAGGAUGGAUAUAGGGAAGACAUUCCAUUUACGGAUAUAAAACCCGUUGUUGAGGAUGGUCGAAAGACUGUUAGUGUUCGGGAGUAUUUUGCAUAUAGGAUUCAUGAUAGGGAUCAUGAGCCAUCAACAAUACUAUCAGCUCGACGAUUGUUUCAGCAGUUUGUUGUUGAUGCUUACACCAUGGUAGAAUCUUCGAGGUUGAGAUACAUACGUUUCAACCAAAACCGACUUCGUUGUGAUCUUUAUAAUGGACUUGCAGAUGCAGUUCUUCGUGGUGACACCGAUCCCAGUUCUCGAGGCAAGCGUAUAAUACUUCCUUCCACAUUCACUGGAGGUGCUAGAAAUAUGAUUCAGAACUACCAAGAUGCAAUGGCGAUUUGCAGGUGGGCUGGGUAUCCAGAUCUUUUUAUAACAUUCACAUGCAACCCAAAGUGGCCGGAGAUUGUUAGACAUUUAGAGCCUAAAAAUUUGCGCCCUGAGGAUCGACCGGAUAUUGUGUGCAGAGUCUUCAGAGCUAAGCUUAAGGAGAUGAUAAGGGAUUUUCGUCAAAACCAAAUUUUUGGCAAGGUUAUAGCAG